GCGAGUUAGACAAGAUCGUCGCUGCCAUGGAAAUCCUCAUGAAAAUGGUCCAUAAAGUCGAAGAAUUAACCCUAAUGGGCAACCGCAUUCAUCUGUUGCCGGGCAGGAUUUUCGGAUCUUUACAGAUCAACAAGCUCUUCCUGAUCAACAACGAGCUGAUGGGCAUCACCCGCAACGCCUUCGCCGGCCUCGAGUCCUCACUGCAGCACAUCUACAUCAAGGACCCCGGACUCUACGACAUCCCCUUCGACACCCUCGACAACCUGGCCAACCUGAGGACCUGCGUGCUGGAGGACACGGACAUCAUCGAGAUCCCGAGGUUGUACUCACUCUCGAAGUUGGAGUUCCUGAAGAUCGACGGCUCGAGGGUGAGCUCCAUUCCUUCGGCGGCUUUCAGGUUCAUGCCCAACAUGAAGAAGGUGCACAUUUCGAACAGCCUUUUGAAGGAGGUCAAAGGGAAUGCACUUGAGGGUCUGGUGUACCUGAAGGAGGUCAAUUUCUCCAAUAAUAUCAUCGACUGGAUUCAUCCGCGGGCUUUCAGGACUCUCAACGCCGUCGAGCACCUGUCUCUCGCCGGAAAUAACUUGUCUGACGCGGGCAUGGCCGUCCUGGCAGCGAGGGAGAUGAGAGAGCUCAGGAUCCUUGACAUGAGCCGCAACAAAAUCGUCGAGCUCAAAAAGGGGACGUUCGUUGACAUGCCGAACAUCCGGACGAUCAACCUCAGCGAAAACCUGGUCUCGAAGAUCGACCACGGCGCCUUCUUCCGCCUCCCCUCCGUCCGAAAACUCGACAUCAGCGGCAACGCGAUCGGGGAAUUCCACGCCGAUAUAUUCACAGAGUCGUCCAAUCUAGAGCACCUCAGCGUCGCUAGCAAUAACCUUACAUUCGUCGCUGAAAUGAGGUACAUCGCUCGGUCCCUCCCGAAUCUAAGAAGUUUGGACAUCAGUAAAAAUCUUCUGAAAGCCGAUCAUCCAAGGGCAUUCGAGGGGCACCCCAAGCUGGAGGCCCUUAAGAUCGACCACAACAAGAUUGAGAGGCUGCAGCCGGGGACCUUCAAAGGCCUCCCGAACCUGAGAGAAUUAUACUUGAGUCACAACCUGAUCAGCAGUGACCACAGUGAACAGCUGUGGAACUUGCCCAAGCUCCGGGUACUCGACAUGUCCCACAACGAACUACGAAAGAUCGACGUUUCACUGUUCGAAGGUUUACCUCAUGUUAGCAGUGUGGAUCUUAGUUUCAACCUCAUCACCGACAUCAGUGCGGAAGCUUUCCUCGGCUCUCCUCAGGUGAAGAAUUUGAACAUGUCCUUCAACAGCAUAGGACUCCUGCCUGAAAAUGUCUUCCAGGUUCUCACAGAGCUGUUUGAACUGGAGAUGAGUUUUAAUGAGUUGACGGUUUUGUCCAGUGGUCUCUUCAAGGGGCUGACCAAACUGGAAUACCUUCAUGUCACCCACAACCAAGUCACCACCGUCGAACCAGGCACAUUCAGAGACACAGGAAGCCUUCAGUACCUUGACCUCUCCGCCAAUUUCAUCCAAGAACUCCCUUCGGAGGCCCUGAGCAAGCUUGCCUCCCUCAGAGUACUAAAACUCAACCGAAAUGCCAUCAACAAGGUCCAGGACAGCUACCUCUCGGGCCUGAAAGCCAUAGAGCACCUCGACCUCUCCAACAACCACAUCCAGACGUUCAACCCGGCAGCCUUCACAGACAUGACUCACCUUCGGGACGUGGACCUCAGCGUCAACUACAUCCAGAGCCUCCACCCAGACAUGUUCUCCUCCACGAAGCUCUUAGAGAAGCUCAAUAUCAGCCACAACUAUGUUUCGAGCAUCGGCCAUGAAGCUUUCGUUAACCUGAAGAAGCUUCGUAUCCUCGACCUCACAAACAACUCUCUCACCGAUCUGGGAGACGCAGUGAUCGACUUCCCAGACCUCCAGGCUCUCUUCCUCAGCGAAAACUACAUCAACAGCCUCAAGAACUUGUCCUUCGCCGGCCUGCCAAGCCUCAGCGUCCUGCACCUCAAGAACAACGGCCUGCAGACCUUUGAGACGACAGCCUUCCACGGACUGAGAUCCCUCGUGUACCUAGACCUUCGGAACAACAACCUGGUGGAACUUAAUCCAGAGUCCUUCGUGGGUCUGAUGUCGCUCCAGGAAAUGCAAAUCAGCAAAAACCAGAUUUCCGUCGUGAAGGACUUCUCAUUUUCAGACCUCCCGGCGCUAAGGAGCUUAGAACUGCAGGAUAAUGUGAUCACUGAGAUCGGAGGACGCGCUUUCCUUAACCUCCCGACCAUGAAGUUCCUCAACCUCAGUCGCAACGGCCUUCAGGACAUUCCCGAAGAUGCCCUCGGGAGGAUUCCGUCGCUCGAUGUCCUGGACUUGAGCUCGAACUUUAUCCUGGAGAUCAAGGAUUCCUCCUUCUAUCGCCUAGAGUGGCUCACGGUGCUCAUGAUGCACGAUAACGACCUCUGCCGCAUGUCGCCGGGGGCCUUCGCCAGGCAGCGCGCCCUUCGAAUCCUCACACUCAACAACAACCAACUGAAGAGACUGCACCUCCACGCCCUCGGGAACACCAUCAAGGGCCUGUCGCUCCUGGAUAUGAGCGGCAACCCCUUCCGCUGCGACUGCGAGAUGGUGUGGCUCCGGGAGUACCUCGGCGAGCCCCCCGAGCCAGGACGUGCCCAAAGAACCUCCAUUCUCGGCGAUUCCCUCAAGGGCGUGCCCGUCUGCGCCUCCCCCGAGGAGUACAGGGGCAUACCCAUCACGAAGGUUCCCGUGACGGCGUUCCUGUGCGGAGGGCGUCGGACUCCUGACGAAGUGGACGACAUCUGCGUGCCGCGCUUCCUGGACCCCCUGCUCUUCACGGGGGGCAGUCCGGGAAGCCUAGACCCAGGGACCAUCAACACCCUCCUCCACCUCACCAACCUCUCCGACGCCAUCCCCCAGGCGGACACGGGGCCUUCCUACCUGGACUACAACAACCCCAUCCACGUCCCCAGCGCCCCGGGUCUCGUAGCACUCGCCUCCGUCAUAGAGGAGACCACGUCCACCUCCUCCACGUCUACGGCUGCGUCCACUUCGACUGUCCCCACCACGGCCGCCGUCUCCGCUGCCGGAGAGGGCGUUGCGACCGUGGCGCCUACGGUCUCGCAGGCCGUGCGAAGUAACCAGAGCGAACAGCUGUUGUCGUCGUCCAACAUCCACACCGUGACGGGUGACACUCCCACCAUCUAUGCCGGCUCAGCUGGCCACACUGACGACAACAAGCAGCAGCAAACCGGGCUGUUCAGCGGCAUCAAGCUACCCACUUUGCCCAACCUGAUCGAGUCCAUCAGCAACCUCAACUUGCCUCAACUCGGCCUCAACGUCAACUGGGGAAACAUUCCUGUUAUCGGACGCCAAGACACAGGCUUUUUGGGCAAGUCGGGAACCUUGGGCGCGGGCAAGCCGAUGAAGGGCCCGGACAUCAGUGAUCCCAUCUGGGUUGAUGGGCCGUCUAGCCCCCAUCCUCUGUUCCCGAACCCCCCCUCGCCUCCGCCGCCGAAAGAUCUGCCUCCUCCCUUAAUCCCCGACGAGAAUCCUUCGCGAGGGCCGCAUCCUGUGUCUGGCCCUGGUGCGUCCUUUGUCUUCCCAACGAGUCAGGGAGAGCGUUUGCGUCCCGGCGUCCCUGGCGUGGUCGUUCCCGUUACUCGACCCACGAACAUCUGGGCUGUACGACCUCAGCCCGGAGGUCAGCCCGGAGGUCAGCCCGGAGGUCAGCCCGGAGGUCAACCCGGAGGUCAGCCCGGACGCCAGCCCGGACGCCAGCCCGGACGCCAGCCCGGACGUCCCAAGCCGGGGAGCGCCCAAGGCCCCGGCUCAGGCCAGCAGAAAAGGCCGCCUCAAGUGAGCUUCAGGCCUGGCAGCCCCAUCCUCCCGUCCAUCACAUACGUUGGCCCUGGACCAAAUUCAGGGACACCUUUCCUGCCCGGACUUUCCAUCAAGCAACAGGGUCGUCCACUCCCUGGGAGGCCCAGCACCCAGAGCCAGGGACCUGGUCGUGUCCCCCUGACCCCGCCCCCUGUCUCCUCUGGGUCUUCCCCACCCGGGCAGGGCACAGGGACCACGUGGCCAGGGAAUCUCUGGUCGCAGCCUGAGGUCAUAAAUCCUGAUUCCGGGGUUUCCCUCUACCAGCCCAGGGAGCCCUUCCAGCCCUACCAGCCCCACGACCCCAAUCACCCAAUCACGGUCGUCGACGCGCCCAACAUGUUGUCCAACAACGGGGGGUCUCCAGCUGGCAUGCCCACGUCACCCCUCAUGCCCAUGGGUCCUCCAGUCCACACGUCACCAUCGCCUCCAGACAUGUCGCCUUCUGAGACGCAGAUGGUGGCAGACGGAGGAUAUCGCGGUCCAGACGCCGAGGACCAGAUGUCUGGAAGGCCGCAGACAGGCUUUCCUCCACAAGAAAAUGACUCCAGACUGCCUGACGCCCUUCCUCCAUUCUCAGAUAGUUCCGGAAGAGGGAAAGACAGUCAGGGAACGACAGAUAGUCACGAUGGCUUUGAAAUACCAGUCAGUCAACAGGAUCACGAAAUAUCAGUGAUUCAUGAAGGCCAACAAAUACCAUUCAGCCAUCAUGGCCAACAUACACCGGAGAUUCAAAUCCCUGUCAGUCACCAAGGACACACAAAGCCAAGCAACGACCAUGGCCAACGAAUCCCAGCAAGUCAUACUGACCAACAAAUGCCAUUCAGUCAUCAGGGUCAACAAAAGCCAACUAGUCAUCAUGGGCAGCAGAACCCAGGGAGUCCCCAAGGCCAACAAACGCCAUUGCAUAAUGAAGGUCAGCCUACACCACCCCAACAAAACCCGGGAAAUCGCAUCGAGCAGGACGGAAUACCAGAGGAGAAGCUAAACUCCCCUGUGGCGCCCACACAGCCAGCAGAAACUCGCCCAAGACCCGUGAGACCGACCGACAGCUUGCCAAGCUCUCAGGGACCAGUUCCUCCUAAGGAAUCACUGGACGACCUCAUCAACCUUCUAUAUGCAGCUGAGGCCGAAGUUCAACAACAGAUGCAGGGCACUCUAGUCACAACGCCCUCCAUCAACACGCCAGAUGAAAUUCUACCGGUCAACCCAUCCAGUUCAGUUUCAUUCGAUUCUACAGCCAGUGCAAGUGUACCUGAGGUCGGGGUCUCCAUCAGGCCAGAGAUAACUCACGCUCCUCCAAACACAGUCUCUUCCACGACCCCCAGAUCUACAACUUCGACCACGAGCAAGAGCACAUCCACAUCCACUACUACUCGCACUACAACAACGAAGGCAACCAGCACAACUCCUAGGACAACAACCACAGCACGAGAGUCUAACAACAGACAGGAUCUCCCACCGGAUAUGGUUCCACCCCAGCUUGGCAAAGGAGUGACGGUCGUCCAGGAACGGCCACCCGAUUUUCACAAGGAAUCUGUCGAGCCCAACCAGGCCCCUCCAGCUCGACAUCCCGAGGACCAUUCACAGCCCGAGACUUUUCCACCCGUCGGAGAGAGAGAACCAGGUCAUCGCCCUUCAGAAUUCGAAAAUACGAACUUCCCUCCGUCGCCAAACAACCCUUCCAUCACCGACAGCAUUCCAACAGGCUCUCAGACGGCCUCGAGAUACAGACCUGGCGUCGUCUUGCCCGUUGAUAAGUCGGGUGAGCCACUACCCGGAGUCCGAGCCCGCGUGCCGCCCAACAACACCCAGAUCAGUCCCAGCAGGAGCAUCGGGCGGGGAGGCGUCCCCACGAUCGAGCGCGUGGAGCAGCCGAGCAACCGACAACACAGCGACAAAACGGCCGUCGUCCAGGGCGUCGACCUGCCGGAAGAGAAAUUCAGCGACGUUCCUGAAGGGGAGCCUAGGCCACCCAUACCGAAUACGGAAUUCGAGACGAGCGAAGUUAACGCAAUUGACUGGUAUUACAGCAACUACUUCAGGGAAUAUGACCCUUAUGCUAAUCUUCCCGUAGGAGGAAAUGAGCCUCCUAGUGGUGCAGCGACAGUGAGUGUUAUGUACAGCACAGUAAUCCUCUGUAUGAUUACACUAUUUUAUAACCAAGGUCAUUUAUUGUGAAAUGACAUGCUAACUGAUUAGGAAAAUUGUUACGUUUUGUUCUUCCUAUUGUUGAUAAUUUAUAUCCAGAUUAAUAUAUAUUUUUGUUACAGCAAAUGCAAAGCAUUGUUUUGCGUUUAUCAUGUGUCCAGCAUUGAUUACAUAAGAAAAAUAAAUCCACAGUGAGACAAAAUGAUAAUGCUACAAAUUGUAGUUAAACUACACUGUAUUUUGAAAAAAUCUCGUACUUUAAGGUUCACAAAAAUACAUUACAAUGACUUAUUACCAGAAAUUGUUAUGAAUUUUGAUUGCACAUUUACUCGUAGAAUAAUACCAAGAGCCAUAUUAUAUUUUCCAAUAUAAGUAGAGGUUUAGCACUUCAAGUAGAUAAAGUUUUACAUCAAGAACAUGCUAUAUAACAUCUAUAAGGAAACAAAAACCUUGUGAAAUACAUUCCAUUUAAAACUCCGAUAGAAAGUAACGUGUUUAUAUGUAUUUAGAUAUUAGGGUUAUAUAAGUUACAUAACCUUAUGUUUUCCUACUUGUGUAUUAUAAACUACUGAAAUAUA